AGCGACAAACUUACGCAAUGGGUUGCAUUGUACAGACAUUAAAUACAAACCAUGAUUAGCUGAUUACGCUGAUUUAUAUAAAUGUAAUUUUUUUAAUACAUAGCAGCAUUUUGAAAACAACUUUAAGUCAAAUAAUCAUUGAAUUCGAGUUGUCCUAAACUAAAGGGAGCAUGGAAGCUUCCGACUUCUUAAUAGGUGGUUGCGCUGCAAUGGGUGCAAUCUGCUUUACAAACCCACUUGAGGUGAUAAAAACACGUAUACAAUUACAAGGUGAGUUGGCCGCGCGUGGUACGUAUUGCGAGCCUUACAAGGGAAUAUUUCAUGCAUUUAGCACUGUGAUACGAUGUGACGGUUGGCUGGCGUUGAAAAAGGGGCUUGUACCCGCGCUGCACUACCAGUUUAUAUUAAAUUCAGUAAGACUGGGCAUAUAUAAAAUGGCUAUGAAUAAUAAAUGGAUGCAUGAUAAAAACGGUGACGUUUCCUUUUUCUACGGUCUAUUAUGGGGCGCUACUGGAGGCGUUUCUGGUUCCUUUUGUGCAAGUCCUUUCUUUAUGGUAAAAAUUCAAUUACAAUCUCGUGCGAACGAUAAUAUCGCUGUUGGGCAUCAACAUCAGCAUAGCGGCAUGAUAAAUGCAUUUCGUAACAUCCUGAAACAGCAGGGUUUUUUCGGUCUGUGGCGUGGUGCUACCGGUGUGCUUCCACGUGUUGCAAUCGGGUCCAGCACUCAAAUAGCCACUUUCGGCAAGACAAAAGAGAUCCUACGCGAUUAUGACAUUGUUACACAGUCCACAUUCAAUUCGUUAUGCGCUGCAUUUAUCGCAGGCACUGUUGUGGCUGUUGCUAUCACACCGCCUGACGUUGUUUCAACACGGCUAUAUAAUCAGGAAGUGGAUACGUACGGUAAAGGUGUAUUAUAUAAAGGCUGGUUGGAUUGUAUUUCUAAAAUAUUUCGAACGGAGGGAAUACGUGGCUUGUAUAAAGGGUUUUGGGCGAAUUAUUUAAGGCAGGCACCACACUCAACAUUGCUGCUACUGUUUUUCGAUAUACUUAUUACAGCCAGAGAUAAAUAUCGAACGUUUACCGCAACAACAAAGAGAACAUAGUACCAUUUGUACACUGAAGAAAUAUAUGUAAAUCUAAAAAAAUCUAUUAUAUGCUUUAUAAUGUAAUAAUUGUUGUUGUUGUUGUAGCAGUUUGCUAGCCAGAGUGGUGCAGUCACCGAUCGUAAUCGUCUAACUCAUCCAACUGUAGGCUCAGGAAACAUGUUAUUCGGACGUGUUGGGUCCAGAGGGAGUGGGUGUUAGGUGAGUGGGUUUGAGAGGGCAUGUGAAUAGGUUGCUAGUGUCGUGCGAGGUACAUUCACAUGCCGGAUGUUAACUUGAUCUAUGUAAAGAAUGUUAACUUGAAAACUUCCAGUGAAUAUAAAUACAUAUAUACAUAACUUUAAUUAUAAUGGAUUAUAUAAAGUGCAUGUAUAUAUAUGAUUCAUAUAUAGCGUAAGGCUCUUGAAAGUCUUUAUCAAAUAUCCACAACAAAUCUACAAAAAAUAGCAGUAACGAUAAACAUACAUAUGCAAAUCAUUCGCAUUAACUAGCACUGCAAACUCGAUACUCCCUUUUUUUUCUUUUUUUUGAAGAAUGCUCCAUUAUAUAUUAAAUUAAAUACUUAUUACAGUUUAUUUUCGAUGUGUUUUAAUGUAACAAAAAUAUAUGUAUGAAAGUUUGUGAUGAAUCAAUAAAUCAUUCUAACUAUGAG